GUCGACCCAGCUAGACAGGAGCUGAAACCAUGGCGGAGAAGACUCAGAAGAGUGUGAAGAUCGCACCUGGAGCAGUUGUGUGUGUAGAGAGUGAAAUCAGAGGUGAUGUCACCAUAGGACCCAGGACAGUGAUCCACCCUAAAGCACGAAUCAUCGCAGAAGCCGGUCCAAUAGUGAUCGGCGAAGGCAACCUAAUAGAGGAACAGGCGCUCAUCAUAAAUGCUCACCCUGAUAAUAUCACUCCUGAUGCAGAAGAUCCAGAACCCAAACCUAUGAUCAUUGGCACCAAUAAUGUGUUCGAAGUUGGCUGUUAUUGCCAAGCCAUGAAAAUAGGCGAUAAUAAUGUUAUCGAGUCAAAAGCGUAUGUAGGCAGGAACGUAAUACUGACAAGUGGUUGUAUCAUCGGGGCCUGUUGCAACCUGAACACGUUUGAAGUCAUCCCUGAGAACACGGUGAUCUAUGGUGGAGACUGCCUUCGUCGGGUGCAGACUGAACGGCCACAGCCCCAGACACUACAGCUGGAUUUCCUGAUGAAAAUCUUGCCGAACUACCAUCACCUAAAGAAGACCAUGAAAGGAAGCUCAACUCCAGUUAAGAACUAAGACCAAUAGAUGACAUCAAGAUAAUAUUUGCGUUUGACCAAUGUCUUUUUUUUUUCUCUGACUGGUGUCUUUUGAAAGAGCCACAUGUUUGUGCCUUCGUAACAGUCCACAAAACACCUGUUGACUUUAUCUUGUAAAAUGGAAUUAGAGAAGAAAGUAAUGGAUUUUCAUUGUAACUGUCCUCUAUAAUUUAUAUAAAAUGUAUUAUUUUCUGAUGUCCUUGUCCCAUUCUGAUAAUUUACAGAUUUUUUUGCUCUAUGUUGUGUGUUAUAUAACAUGUUGGCCAUGAAUUUUAGUUAUGCAAAAGACUACCCAUGAUAAGAAAGGACAUAUUGUUAUGUAUUUGUAUUCUAACAAAUACUAAACUAAAUAAAAAUGUUGAUGACAG